AUGGGUCAAAUACUUUCACAACCAGUAACUGAAAAAAUAUCAGAAAAUGGUAUCGACAAACAUUUGGCAUACGGUAUAUCAUGUAUGCAAGGGUGGAGAGUCAAUAUGGAAGAUGCACACGCUACCAUAUUGAACUUAUACGACUUGAAAAAUGGGGACGGUAAAGGAGCAGGCUCGCAGAAGGCACAAGAAAGUUCGUCGUCCGACAAAAGUGGUACGGACAAUGACACGACUGAGGAGCACAUUUCGUUUUUUGGUGUUUACGAUGGACACGGAGGUGAAAAGGUGGCUAUUUUCACUGGAGAGCAUUUGCAUGAAAUAAUCAAGUCAACAAAAGCAUUCCAAGAAAAAGACUACGUCAAUGCAUUCAAAGAAGGGUUUUUAAAUUGUGACCAAGCUAUUUUAAACGAUGAUGAAAUGAAGGAAGACGAUAGUGGAUGUGCUGCUGUUUCUGUUAUUAUUACACCAGGACAAGUCAUAUGUGGUAAUGCAGGUGAUUCGCGAAGCAUAAUGUCGAUCAAUGGUUUUGCUAAGGCAUUGUCUUAUGACCAUAAGCCAUCUAAUGAAGGUGAAAAGAGCCGUAUUUGCUCGGCAGGUGGUUAUGUUGAUAUGGGUAGAGUCAACGGUAACUUGGCUUUAUCGCGUGGUAUUGGUGAUUUUGAAUUUAAGAAAAACAUUGACUUACCACCUGAAGAACAAACAGUCACAUGUUACCCAGAUGUCAUACAGCACAACUUGGAUUUGACUAAGGAUGAGUUUGUAGUGUUAGCAUGUGAUGGUAUUUGGGAUUGUCUUUCGUCUCAACAGUGUGUUGAAUGUGUCAGCAGGGGUAUUUAUGAACGUAAGCCUUUGCAAGACAUUUGUGAAGAAAUCAUGGAAUUAUGUUGUGCACCAACAAGUGACGGUUCUGGUAUAGGAUGUGAUAAUAUGUCUAUAUCUAUUGUUGCUUUAUUAGAUGAAUCAAAGAAUGAAUCUUUGGAUCAAUGGUACGACAGGGUCAUUAAGAGAAUUGAGCUUUCCCAAUCUAACGAUGAAGAAAGUAAAGUCUAUGGUAAGAUUUCCCCUGAAUACAAUGAUAUUUAUAAACAAAUGUAUGGGGAGUACUUUGACAUUGGUCAACAAGCCCAGAAUUCUAAUACUAAAUCUGCUGGUAGCAACUCGAGCUACUACUCUAUGUUUGGUGGUUUACCAGGAUUGCGUAAUGGACCAGGACUCAACCAAAAUGAAGACGAAGAAGAUAAUGAACUUUCCACUGAACCUACUGAAGAAAUUCAAGAAGACGGUACUGCCGCUGACUUGGCUGGAAAUGGCGCUAUUUCCUUACAGAAAUUGUUGGCCAGCAAUGCAAUUACAAAUGAAAACGGUGUUAUCUAUUUAGAUACAUCAUCAGCGCAAUCACUUUUAGCCCACUUUGGUAUGUCUGGUGAAGGUGAAGAAUACGAAGAGAAUGAUAAUGUCCACGACAAACAUAUUGAGGAAGAAGAAGUUGAGGACGAUGAUGAGGAGUCUAAAUCCAAAAUUGAAGAAGAACCACAAGAUGAUGAAAAAUAA